CAGUUGACCGUUGAGAACGACAGAUAACAGUUACUGAGGUAGUCGUGGGCUGUGCGAAGUAGUUUGUUACAACAAUAAAACAAAACAAACUACAAGCCCAAUUUCCACACUUUUUUUAAAACUGAUAAUUCAACGAGUUAUAUACUCGAAUAGAAAAAGGGCGAAAAAGUGUUAAACGGAUUGUCGAGGGGUGUGAGUCGGUCAAGCUGCCUGUCCGAGAGCCGUCGCGUCGGGACAUGAACCAGAGAAAGCCAGUGACAAAGAAAAAAACGGAAAAGAUUGUAAAAAGGUAGACGCUUAAAGGUGGAAACGUCACCGUUAAACGGCCAAGUUUGCUCUUUUGUUUCCUCGUCGAGAAGACGAUGUGAAGGAGAAGAUUAGAGAGAGAGAGAGAAGCUAAUGCUACACGAAGAGAGGAUGUGUGGGAGGGGCGUGAUGUGCCGCGGGGACGUCCAGAGCAACGAGCCGGAUGACGAGUCGAAAAGAGCCAAGCACAGCUGGCACAAACGCGGGAGAAGGCGAUGGCACAGUGACCGGAAAGAGCACCGUUUAGUUUUCCGCCGCAAUCCUCCGAGACCGCGACGCUCUCCGGUCUCGACGUCGCUGCGCCCGGCAAACGUACGCGGCAGGCGCGCGCCAGGGAUGCGCGCUCCCCGCAACACCAACCAGUUCCUCAUGCACGAGAAGUACCAGCUCAUGCACAUGCGCUCAGACUCGGUCGGCACUGACAGCUGCUCUGACUGCGAGCUGGACCCCGCAGACAUGGACUCGUACCUCGGGGUGCUUGAGAACGCCAGGGGCGCGCUGUUAGACAGUCCCGAGCUCCCGUUCACUACCAGCGAGACGUUUCACUUGUUCACGUUCCCUGAACCGGAGCGUGAAGACAGCAUGCAGUACUUUCCGUCCGAGAACGACGUGUUACAGAGCGAAGAUUUCAUGCAAAGAGACUUUAAACAGUUUUGUGACGCCGUGGCUUGUACAUAAACACUCGCCACAGAAGUAAAGCAGUGAAGUAGGAGUGGCAGAGCAGCCAAUCAGAUUCGAGAUCACUCAGUUCCUCCUCACAGCUUCUUAAAUUCCUGACACUCUGUAUCGGGCAUCCAGUGAACUACAGCAGGGUAAAAGAAGCCCUCUUACCACCGACUGGUGCACUUGUUUUACGGAGUAUACUCCUAUUGGAAGCCACUUGAGCUUCAACCUUUAUCUUACUGUUUAUGUGACGCUUUGUAAACUGAAAUAAAAUGACGUUUUUAAGUAA